UGGGUUGUCAGAAGACUUGUAAGGUGGAGAAACUCCUCAAACAGUCACAGUGGGAAGUAACAUGGAGCCAGAAACAGAGGUUUGCCACCAUAAAGAAGAACAACCGGGCGAGGGGCACCGAUAAGCUCCCAGGUGUGCGGCGUUUGGACAACUCACGUCUUCUAGAGGACACAAGCGGAGCUCUGAGACUCAACCCGAACACCCUGAGCCACCAAAGGCUGGAGCAGAAGUUACUGGAGACUGAGAUCAGCACCAGAAGGAAGGAGUGUGAAGCACUUGAGGCGGAGGUGAAGAAAAAGAAUCAAACAUGUCAGACUUUGGAGAAUGAGCUUCAAGAUUUCCUCCAAGAGAACAAUCACUUCAACCUUCAGCUGUUCAACAAUAGCCACAAGACAUCCGAGUAUGAGAAGGUGAAGUCUGAGUAUGCCCAGCUCAAAGAGACCCUUGGUGCUGUGACGCAGGAGAGAGAUUUAGCCCUGUGGGAGAGGAACAAGCUCCAAGGCAAACUGGAGAACCUAGAGCAGGUGCUCAAGCAUAUGCGAGAGGCUGCGGAGCGGAGGCAGCAGCUAGAGUUGGAGCAUGAGCAGGCCUUGGCUGUACUCAAUGCAAAGCAGCAGGAGAUUGAAGUUCUUCAGAAGGCUCAGGUUGAGGCAAAAAAGGAACAUGAAGGCGCUGUCCAUCUGUUAGAGAACCACUUGGACAGCAUGCAGGCCAAAGUCCGCGAGCUGGAGGAAAAAUGUCGGUCUCAGACUGAGCAGUUCAACCUCCUCUCAAAAGAGCUGGAGAAGUUCCGUCUCCAGGCUGGAAAGUUUGAUAUCCUAAGCACUGAUCCCUUAACCGUUCUUGAAUCCCCCGGGUCGCCCAACAAAUCCCUCUCACAGCUCCUUAAUGGACUGGCUGCCCCCCUAGGAAAAGGCGAUGAAGCUCCAACUAGCAGAUCUUUGAUAUCUGAGUUCAUUCGUCCACUCCAGAUCAGUGGAGACAAGCCGGAGUUCCUUUCUGUUAAGCCAACAUUCCUCACUCGCGGUCGAGUCAGCAGCCCAGCAAGGGCUUUCCUCCCUGAGAUGGACAAAGAGCUCAGCUCGACUACAAGGUCCAAACCUAGAUUCACAGGGAAGGUCCGUCUGUGCAUUGCUCGGUACAGUUACAAUCCUCAUGACGGGCCUAAUGAGAAUCCUGAGGCCGAGCUCCCCCUGGUGGCAGGGAAGUACCUCUACGUUUACGGGACAAUGGAUGAGGACGGCUUUUAUGAAGGAGAGCUGCUGGAUGGACAACGGGGACUCGUCCCAUCCAACUUUGUGGAGUUUGUCCAAGAUGAGGAGACACCCUCUGUCCAACACAGGGACGCAGUGGCUGAAGAACCUGGCUACCUCAACCACAGUAGCCUGGGGCCUCAGAGACUGAAACUCGGUACAGGAACAAGAACAGGCAUAAGCAGCCUGCUGUCUGACAGUAAACUAGACUGUAUAAGCACCAGCAGCUUGGGCAUGGAGCUCCUGGGCUCCUCAAGCAACGGGACAGGAACCUUGGACGUCAGUACUGACGAGGUCGGUGAAGACAUUGUGCCUUAUCCCCGCCGCAUCAACCUGAUUAAACAACUGGCCAAGAGCGUGAUCAUCAGCUGGGAUCCUCCCGUGGUCCCGCCGGGCUGGGGCUCCGUCAGCGGCUACAAUGUCUCGGUGGAUAAAGAGUUGCGCAUGUGUGUCCCCUACGGGGGCAGGACAAAAACCCUCCUCGAAAAGCUCAAUCUGCUCACAAACACCUACCGCAUCUCGGUGCAGAGCAUCACGGAGCGGGGCCCGUCGGACGAGCUGCGGUGCACUCUGCUCGUGGGGAAGGACGUGGUGGUGGCCCCUUACUACCUGCGGGUGGACGGCAUCACGCAGGCCUCCGCCGAGCUCUCCUGGAUGCCCAGCAACAGCAACUACAGUCACACCAUAUUCCUCAACGGUGCAGAGUACGAUAUGGUCAAGGCGGGGGGCUACAAGUACAAGUUCUUCAACCUGAAGCCCAUGACAGUUUACAAGGUGAAGGUUAUGGCACAGCCACAUCAGGUGCCUUGGCAGCUUCCGAUGGAUCAAAGAGACAAGAGGGAAAUCUCUGUGGAGUUCUGCACUCAGCCUGCAGUGUGUGUGUUAUGCUCCUCAGGGCCCCCUCUCCCUCCCCAGGAGGUGCAGGUCCAGUGUGGUCAGACGCCGGGGAUCCUGCAGGUCAGAUGGAAGCCGCCACCUCUGACGUCUUCAGGAACCUCCAACGGGGCCAGUGUGAUUGGCUACGCCGUGUGCACAAAGGGCCAGAAGAUAGCAGAGGUCUUAUACCCCACAGCAGACUAUGUGACCGUGGAGUUAAACAGGAUCCAGUGUCUGGAGGCCAGGGAGCUCAUUGUACGGACGUUAUCAACACAAGGAGAGUCCCAGGACUCGCCCGUGGCCAUCAUCCCCAACAAUCUGCUGGGCUCCCCGCGCCUCUCCCAACGAACCGCCGCGCCUUCCCACCACACGGCCCACCCACCGUCCCAUCAGACCCACCCCCCUUACCCGUCCACGUACCCACCCAAUCACCCUCAGCCCCAGGUGCAGCCUCUGCCCCGAGCCCAGCCGCACACGCUGCCGCACGCACAGCCGCACACGCAGCCCGUGUGCCAACCGCCGCCUCGUCCCCAGCCUCACUUCCAGAGCCACCCGAUGCCCAAGUCCAAACCCUUAGUAAGUGCCAGAGAGCCACAAACCAAAGAGCAUGAGGUGGGACUUCGGACAGCACAGCUCUGGGAGCGGUCCCCUUCUCCGCUCCCUCCCAUGCGCGGACCCAACCUGGAGCCGCCGCACUUCCAGCCGCGGCGAUCGCCCUCUCCUCAGCGGAUCCUGCCACAGCCUCAGGGAGCCCCCAUCCCCAACACCGUCGCCAAGGCCAUGGCCAGGGAAGCUGCCCAGAGAGUGUUCGCCGAGGGAAACCGGGUUGAGAAAAGGAAUAUCUUUAGUGAGCGAGGCAACUCCUUGCAUCCAGUCAACUCUGACGAGGAGGAGGACGGCUACGACUCUCCUCAUGCGAGGAGGAGAGGAGCGUCGGUGGAUGAAUUCCUCAGAGGUUCGGAGUUGGGCAGACAGCACCACCAUCACCCCUACAGCCACAGUGAGGAGUACCACACAGAGAGCAGCCGGGGUUCGGACCUGUCCGACAUAAUGGAGGAGGAUGAGGAAGAUCUUUACUCCGAGAUGCAACUGGAGGAGGGUCGCAGGCGCAGCAUCAACUCUCACAACACUCUCAAGGCUUAUUACAAGCGCCAGGACUUAGCCGAGGAAAGGGACAGCUGGGAUCUCCAGCGGGAGGUGGUGAAGCAGAAGUCUCUCCGCAGCAAGCGCCUCCACAGCAUCCCCGAGGUGGCCGAGGAAGAGCCGGACUGCGUGGACGGCGUGGGCCAGCGCCUGCGCUCCGAGGGGGGCGGGCGGCCCGGAACGCCGCGCGCUCAGCGCAGGGUGUGCUCGCAACGCGGCAGAGGCGACGACUACCACGACGGCGAUCGCCCCGCCCCGGGCAAGAACUCCCGCCUCCUGCAGCGCCAGCGCUCCUCCCCCCGGUUCACCGACGGGCGCCACGCCCACAACGCGGACGACCGCGGCCCGGUGCGACCCAACCGCCAGAACACCAAGAGCCCCGACAGCGGCCUAGACUGCGGCAGCGAGGAGGAAGGCUCCCUGGGCCGCGGGUACCGAGGGUACUACGCCCACGGGAGCCCCACCCGGGGGUCCGUUCACAUCAUCCACUGCGAAGGUCCGGUAGAGAGGCGGGCGCUGGCACUGGGCCGCAAAAGGACUCUGACCCGCCAGGGCAGCGUGGAGGUGGAGUUCGCGGACGUCCCAGUGACCGCGGCCAAGUCGGUUCACUCGGGCGACUUUAGGAGCAGGGAGCACUUUGGGCCCGGACGGGAGGCCGGGCCGAGAAACUACUCCAGGGAGGGGGCUCUGAGCGAGGGCAGGCUGGACGAGCUGGACAGGGUCUAUUACAGCCCCCACAGGGAGGCUAGGGUCCAGUCUUUGUCCAGGCUCAACCGGGACCAGCCGCUGAUCAUUGGGAACUCGCCACCCUAUGGAAAUGCUGAUCGUCUGGACCACUCGGGGAGGAGGCCGGUUCACAUCGGCAACCCUCCUCAGCAACGGCCCAUCCCAUCCAUUGAGAUCACCAUGGACAGUAACAGUGAGGGGAGUGAGGGGAACCUCUCACCCGUCAAGGAGGAUGUUUACUAUGGCAGUGUAGCUCGGCGCAGGAUAUGGCGAUCUAUGUCCUCAGAGGAUCAAUCUGACGGCUUUGGCGGUCGCAGACACGGGCGGGGGCGGCGCUCCCUGGAGUACUACGAAGAAUCGGAGCCGGAGGAGAUGACCCGUGUGUUCGUGGCUCUGUUCGACUAUGAUCCCAUGUCCAUGUCUCCAAACCCCGAUGCUGCUGACGAGGAGCUGCCAUUCAAGGAGGGCCAGAUCAUCAAGGUCUUUGGGCAUAAAGACACGGAUGGCUUCUACAGGGCGGAGGUCCGAGACCGAGUGGGUCUGAUCCCGUGUAACAUGGUGUCUGAGAUCCAAACGGAGGACGACGAAAUGAUGGGCCAGCUCCUCAAACAGGGCUUCCUGCCACUCAACACUCCUGUGGAGAAGUUAGUGAACUGUGAUCGUUUCAAAGAUGGACGCUCAAUAAAUCGCAGGUCCAGAAAAUCCAAGAGAGAGAGGAACAGGCGAAGCGGGCGGCAACACCCGAUGUCGACGCGGAGAAUGGUGGCUCUGUACGACUACGACCCCCGAGAGAGCUCCCCUAACGUUGAUAUAGAGGCUGAACUGACUUUCUGUGCCGGUGAUGUCAUCACCGUUUUUGGUGAAAUAGAUGAAGAUGGUUUUUAUUAUGGCGAGCUCAAUGGACACAAGGGACUUGUUCCUUCCAACUUUCUAGAAGAAGUGCCUGAUGAUGUAGAGGUUUUUCUCACUGACUCACCAUCUCGAUACCCCCAGGACACUCCUGCACGGAUAAAGACCAAAAGGAAGAAGAGUGUUCAUUUCACACCUUAGAGGCUCUGUUUCCGUCACGUAAGUGAGCAACUGAGGAUACCAAGAUUACGCCCCCCCUCGUCUAAUGCAGAUGACAUGGGUACCCUUAGCUUCCGGUAUGCAACAUGUAUACUUAUAUGACAUUCCUUUAGUGCUGCUAUGCCGUUAUUCCUCUUUGUUUCACCAAUGAUGUUAUUAGUUUGUAAACCCGGCCAAUGCAUUAGACAAGAAGUAUGGUAUCUUCAGUUGUUUCUCUGAGUGUUGUACAUGACAAUGUCCGUCUCCCGCAAUAAGUCUCCUGCUGUAACUCAUGGUAAGCUAAAAGGCCGUUGUUGUACAAGAACCCUGAGUUGAGUUAAAAUGAAUGCUAAUAACAUUUAGACUGUCAGUGGGACAGAAAACCGAACCAAUUCUAUGCAAAAACCCAAAGAAAAGCGUGAAGAAUAUUCCAUUUAAUUUUCUAUCAGAGCGUUUUCAAAUCGGUAUUCAUUUUUUGAACCAGGAUAAACAAUGAAUUACAUUGCCAACUAAUAGUUAUUCAUUUAAAGUGAGACUAUGAAACAGUGGCUAUAAAUGACAGAAUCUCCACAAAAUAUGUUUUAUUGUGACCGUGUGAUGAAGUCAAGUAACGUCUUCUUCACGGCGUUAUUUAGCCAAAGUUUCCAUCAUGAGCAAGUAAUGCGGGAGCAUUUUCAUAAAUGUUACACAGUCUCACUUUAAACUAUAAUAAAAUACUAAAUGAAGCAGAAUGAUUUUGUUAUGUUACAUCUUCUGGUUUUUAAAACUGAUGCAUGUUUGUAUAAAAAUAGCCUCGUAUGGAAUCUUUGACCUCCUGUCUUCCCAAAAGUGCAAUUUAAAAGAGCCUUUUAGCUCAUGAUUACAGAAAAGGACUAGUGAAUAGUUUUUUGUAACCCAGUUGUAUCAGUAAAUAUCUAUAUCUGUAUAUGGAUAUACAGAUAUAGAUACAUACAUAUAUUUAAGGGGAAGUAAAUGUGGUAUAAUUAUGUCCCACUUGUCCCAAACUGCAAAUGUAUCUUGUUUCUGUGAAAGGAACCACCCUGACCCUUGAUAUUCGUUGUUGGGGAAACGUUGUCACCUUACAUCCAUGAGGAAGUUAGUCAAUGUCAUGCUUAAAUCUCUGUUGUUGUAGCUUAACCGUAGCAGCUUGAUUGAAGAAGAAAAAAAAAAUGUUUCUACUAGAGAGGGUGGGGGGGCAGUGUGUUAAUCUGUAUACCAGAGACCUCAGAGCUAUGGCGUCCCCGCUGAGACAGAAAGGACUUAAAGAGGAGGAAGGAGGAAGUGACUGAGGUGUGAGAGACCGCUGGCUUUUUAACACCUUCAACUGUCCCCUACGGGUCUCCCAUUAGGUUCCAUCGGAAAAAUCGGGGCCGCCCAGAAGAGCAGCCUCUCCCACGCUGCGUCCACACACCCCUGGCUCCGGCCCCGCCACCGUGGGGCCCGGCAGUCCCUUCAGGGCCCCACGGGACGCGUACUCCUCCAAAACGGAAAAGGGACUACUCUCCAAAGGGAAGACGCUCUUGCAAAGACUCGGCGCUGUAAAAUAAUUUGUUUUGACAUACUUGGGGUGUCAUUCAAUUCCUUUUAGUGGUUUAAAAAAAAAAAAAAAAAAACUAUCACGGUGCAUAGGUGGCAUUUUUUAGUUUAACAAAUGCUUUAUUCUUGUACAUCUGAUGUAUGCUAGAAUAAUUGUAUUUUUGUUAAAAGUAUCAACUCCAUAUUUUUAAUAACAUUCCAUAUUACGAUGUGAUGCUUGUCGAUUAUCUUCCCUCCGAGUCUCUGACUGAUGUUUUGCUGUGAACGGCGACAGGAAACUCCUCAUUUGGCCCUCGGUGAAGCGCAGUGGCUCCCCCCGGUUUACACAUUGUGGGUCUGACCAGAGUCUCUGGAUUCAGAAACCAGGACGCCGUUCAGACGGCGAGCGAUCAAAUGAACCUCCAUUUCAAAUCUGAAGAUAAAGACGGGACUGGUGGGGCCCCGAGGUUGUUUUCACACAGCCAGUCACUUGCAUUGUACGAGAGGUCUGCACGCUCCACCUCAGCACGUUCCCACGAGGCCGAGAGUCUACGCAACGGGACAGGCAGUGCUCCCAUACAACGUGGCUGACUGGCUAUGGCCAACAUCUCAACACCCCAACAAACACGUCAGUUAAUACAAGCACAUACUGUAUCUACUACAGGGUCUCUGCAUAAAAAUCAGGUUGAAUGGAAAGGCCAAGUAGACCCAACCUCCAUGUAUUUGCCUUAUAAUCGCACAAUGGUUUGUACCCAGUAGUGCAUGCAGUCCCGUGCCUACGACUCAUUUACGUUGGUCGGUACUUGAUAAAAAUCUGUUAGCGGGUGUAAAUCCUGACUUGGAACGUGCAGGGUGUCACGUGACUGUCGUGAUUUCUGUAGAACCAGAACUCACGCACAAAAGUCCGAGACUCAUCUGCCCACACGUCCUUCACCUGAGCUACUUUAUAGUCUUAAUUCUCUAAUCUUAGGACAAUGGUGAUGAAAAAGGGCAAUAUUUUCCACAUCUAGUAGUUUAGUUAUUAUUCCACCCUGAUUCAGAUUUAGAACCACGGCUCAACAAAGAAAACCACACACUAAGUAACAAACAGUUAAGUGUUAGAUAGCAUUAGAAAAUGAAGUCUUAUUGUAGUACUGCAUGUGAUGCACAACACAAAGAGUGAAGGUUUGACCUUUUCCACGAGCUGACGGUGAGACACAAGGCUACCUCUACACAGCCCCUCGACCCUCUGGACCCUCAGCCUACUCUUUAUUUGAGCCGAUCUGUCAUUGAAGUUUCUUCAGUGUGUCUUGAGUUUGGUCGGUGCAGAAUACAAGUACUGUAUAAGAGUAAAUAUAUCCAUCUACACUUUGUGUAGAGUAGUGAAUGUAUGAUAAAGUUGAAAGCAGUCGUAUUUCCAUAGCUGCCCAGGAUUGUUCAUCUUCAUGCAUGUAAUGAACCAGCCCACCUUUAGUUCCCCACAACUUUGGUUUGCUAUUCCAUCCUCAUGUAUUUGAAAAUCUAUUUUUUUAUUAACGAGUUGAACUGAAACUGCCAAAAAAGAAUGUAUGCAAGACAUUCUGUAAUACUUUCUGGACAAUUCUCGGCGCAACAGCCACGAUAACCUACAGUCCACCUAUGAAGAACGGCUCCUAUUUACAGACCAUGUCACCAGACAUUGCUUCCAUUUAUUUUGAGUGACUGUUGCUCUUUUUGUACUUUGUCCAUUUGUAAAAUUGUUUAAAAUGUUUAUACUUGAUUUUAAAACUGCCUUUUUUGUACAUUCAACUUUAUAAUCAAACAGUGCAAGCUUUCCCCAUGGUGUCUUGAAUACCAUUUGUUAAGUCUGCAAUUGUGUGCUAGCUUUAUGAUAAGAAUUAUCAGCCUAUAUUGAUGGAUACAAAUUAUGUGAGUGUGCAUGUGCAAUCUUUUCUAAAAAAAAAAAAAGAAACCUGAAUAAAUUUGAUAUUUUUUAAUAA